AACAGGACGAGCACGGUUCAGUGAUGAGUUUCGGACAGCGUAAAAACUUCACCGUUCCGGUGGAUGCAGAAUCGCCGGAAGCGCGAGACGAUGCCAAGCUGCUCCCGUUGGGACCGUUCGACAAGAUACCGCCGAUCAUUAUCGAUGGACAGGAUCCGCCCAAAACGCCCAUCACACCGACCACCCCGAUCAUAUUCUGUCCCCAGUCUCCGUCGGUCGGUAGCAAAAGAAGCCGAGCGUUAAGGCCGGGUACGACACGAAAGUACCGGAGACGGGCGAUUUUGAAGAAUGGCGACUGCAACAUUGUACUCUCGAAGGUAUCCCGGCAGCGGUUGCGCUUCUUGCAGGACAUUUUCACCACACUGGUCGAUGCUCAGUGGCGCUGGACGUUGCUCGUGUUUGCGUUCAGCUUCAUCGGAUCGUGGCUCUUUUUCGGUGCAAUCUGGUGGUUGAUCGCGUUCACGCACGGAGAUCUGGAGGAGAUGCAUUUGCCGAAGAAUCAAGAGGAAUCUGGCUGGAAGCCGUGUGUGUUCAACAUCGAGUCGUACACGUCCGCGUUCCUGUUUUCGAUCGAAACACAAACCACCAUCGGUUACGGUUACCGGACAACGACCGAGGAAUGUCCGGAAGCAAUCUUCAUCAUGUGCUUCCAGUCGAUCUACGGCGUUAUGAUGCAAGCGUUUAUGGUCGGUUUUGUGUUUGCGAAGAUGACCCGUCCGAAGCAUCGAACACAGACACUGCUCUUCUCGAAGCAUGCCGUCGUUUGUCAGCGUGACGGUGAGCUAUGCCUAAUGUUCCGCGUGGGGGAUAUGCGCAAGAGCCAUAUUAUUGGAGCAAACAUACGGGCCCAGCUAAUACGUACCAAGUUGUCCCGCGAGGGUGAAGUGAUGGCACAGUAUCAGCACGAGCUAGAGGUUGGGGCAGAUCAUUGCGGUUCGGAUCUAUUUUUCAUCUGGCCCCAGAUAGUGACGCACAGGAUUAGCUCCGAGUCUCCCUUUUUCAACAUGUCGGCGUCGGAUUUGCUGCAGGAUCGGUUCGAGAUCGUCGUCAUCCUGGAGGGUACGGUAGAGUCGACGGGACAAUCGACCCAGGCCCGUUCGAGCUACGUCAACACGGAGAUACUGUGGGGCCAUCGGUUCGAACCGAUCGUGUUUUAUAAUAAGGAAAAUCAGGUGUACGAGAUCAAUUACAGCAAGUUUAACGAGACGCAUUCCGUCGAUACGCCACUCUGUUCGGCACGUGAGCUGGCCGAGUUCUACAAGUAUCAGGACGAUUACCGCAAUCAAGACCAACUCGAUACUGUUUCCUCAAAAUCGAUGUUCGAACAACGCUGGCACCAGCAUUACACCAACACCGUGCGAACGCUCAGUUCGAUCUGCCUAGAAGACGAACGUUCGUCGCUGGGCGUUCAAGCCCGCUACCUGACAAUCCAGGGUGUUCCCAGGCGGCCGCGGUCCUAUCACCAGCUGGAGAGCAAUCUGCGCAAUCUCUUCAAUCCACCUUCGGUCACAAUUUCGCCCUCAUCGACCAGCUCCAUCCGUGUAGACAGUCCGUAG